AUUCUCCCCCGAUAUCACCUUUCACAUCUCACUACGCAAGAUAUCCGAUCCUGAAACAGAGCGACUUAACGAACCAAACGCCGGGUUUCAACAACUUCAACCACCAGGAGGGCAAUAUCCGUGCUGGCCACGCUCUUUUCUCUCUUCUAUUACCUAAAGCCUGGGAUAAGGAGGGCGACGAUAUCAUGGCUGCCAACGAAUAUUAUAACGAUUCCUCGCGGCGCUAUAACACAUACGAACCGUCCUUAUCCUCUGUGAACCCGCCCUCUUAUACUUCACAGCCGCACCACCAGGAUCACCCAGGCGCUUCUACGGUAUCUCCCUUCGAGUCCGUCUUUGACGAUCACGUCUAUCCGACCAACUCACAUUCCCAUCAGACCUCCGAUUCUGCGAACACCAGUCAGCAGAACUUUGCCUAUGAUACGAGAUAUCACGGUUCUGCACCUGGCGAUGUCUCACCCGUAGGCACCGACGAUAUCCCUUUGCGCCACCAAAAUAAGACACCUGGUUUCGCUGCCGAUUCGAAUGACCAUGUCUACGAUGUCCCCGAACAAGAGGGUGGCGGCCGAGGGCUUCCCAAGCGCAACCUACUACGAUUUGGCGAGUUAGGUAUGCUGGGAUCGGAGAAGAGAAGGAUUCCAGUUAUGGUAUAUUUAUUUUCCAUCAUCCAAAUUGCCGUCUUCAUCGCCGAGUUGGUCAAGGCCGCUCAGCUCACCGGCUCCCCAAUUCAAACCCAACCCCAGUUUAACCCCAUGAUUGGUCCUUCGCAACAGGUCCUCAUUAACAUGGGCUCACGAUUUGUCCCGUGCAUGAAAAACGUCGACGGUGUGCAAAAUUACCGCGCUCCAGCCGGUUCUGAACCAGGCUUCGGAUGGCCUUGCCCUAACACCACCUCGCUUGAUCCCAAUAACGACUCGAAUAAGUGUUCUCUUUCAGAACUUUGUGGCUUUUCCGGUGUCCCCAAUCCCGAGUGGAACCCUGAUGACGGACUUAACCAGACUCCCGCACCCAACCAGUGGUUCCGCUUCAUAAUUCCCAUCUUUAUGCAUGCUGGUAUCAUCCAUAUCGGCUUCAAUUUGCUGCUGCAGCUCACCAUGGGGAAAGAGAUCGAGAGGGCUAUCGGCUCUAUUCGAUUUUUCCUCGUCUACAUGAGUGCCGGUAUUUUUGGUUUCGUUAUGGGAGGUAACUACGCUGCCGCUGGGAUCUCGUCUACAGGAGCUUCGGGAUCCUUGUUCGGAGUUAUUGCGCUGACUCUUCUCGAUCUUCUUUAUUCGUGGGGCGAGAGGCGCAAUCCCGGUAGGGAAUUGAUAUUCAUCAUCAUCGAAAUCGUUAUUUCUUUCGCCCUAGGUCUUCUACCUGGUCUGGACAACUUCUCACACAUCGGUGGAUUUAUCGUCGGUAUAUGUCUGGGGGUUAGUGUUCUCCAUUCGCCAAAUGCUCUUCGCCGCAAGAUUGGCGAGGAUCAUUUCGGGGGACCUUCCUACUCAAGUGUGGGUGGCGGUAUCACAAGUGUCGCUUUUCCUGCUUUCUACAGAAACCCUGUUGGUUUCUUCAAGGGCAGAAAGCCUCUCUGGUGGGCAUGGUGGCUCGUUCGUGCCGGUUUUCUGAUUCUUAUUAUUGUCGUUUUCAUCGUGUUGCUCAAGAAUUUCUACUCGAACCAGAACAAUUGCAGUUGGUGCAAGUAUCUAAGUUGCUUGCCCGUCAAUAACUGGUGCGAUAUCGGAAACUUGACCAUCUCGACAACCACCCAGAAACGAAGUGUUGACUUGUUUGCGCUUGACCAAGUCGCCGAUUUCUACUCAUGAAAUAGGAGCACACCUUAUUUCUCAACUGUAGUCAGCGCACGAUGGUAGACGAGCAGUGGAUUUAUGAUACCCGAACGCAGGCCUAGAAUUGGAUGAGAAUGUAUGACACCCUGCGGUAAUGAAGGACCGGUCGGGGUUGGAAUAGGGGACCAGGAUGGUGUCUGUUUGGCAGUGCGUCAAGAAAAAAAAUCAUUUAGGACAGGUGUCCUACGGCGUCAUUCAUAAUUGAAUAUAUUGAUGCGAAAUGAAAUCAACGAAUUUCCUGUAUACUGUGAUUAUAUAUGUACGUCACCAUAUUGUUAAUAAAGUUCAUAUUUCGCAUGUGAAAGUCAGUCAAGGUCUACUACUAUAUUAAAAUAGUCUAUACUAUGCCACGUCUGUAUUCCUUUGGAGUAUGUUCAUUAAGAUAAAUCUUGCAUUUUGGCUUCAAGUGUGGGCAUUGUAGGAUUCGUAUUACCACUUGCUCCUAAAUAAACUGCGAGAUGGGCAACACAUUUUUCGUCAAGGGUACUAACAGUUUAAGACAUCACUAAUAUGGGAAG